AUGAAGCGGAAGCGUAAGAUUAUACAUAUUUUGUGCUGCUUUCAUGGACAGGUGACAGUCGAUUUUUUGACGGCAUUGAAGAACAUUCUAAUACGCCACCCAAAAUUUUUUAUUUUUUCCUCGAACGCAGGAACAGUGUAUCUCAAAACGUCCAAGACACCGGUCUUUCUAAACAUAGCCGUGUCAAGCAAAGCAGUGGAUAUGCUUCAACGGGACGGAUGGAUUGCAAUUCUUCUUCCUACCAUAAUUAAUUUCUUCGCAUCCAGCUGGCUAAUAGGCGAUAAAGUCAGUAGGAAGUUACCUACUAGUUCUUUAAUCAUUAAUAUUAGCAUUAUACAGUACAUAAGAACAGUGUUUCAUAUGUCUGGCCACUUUGAAAUGGCCGAAUCAUGUAAAAUCCACUAUGCGGAACAAAAAUUAUGUAAUACUUGUUUGCUCUGCACAAAAAUGUUUAUCAUAAUUAUCAGGUAUCAACAAAGCAAAAAUCAAACUCAAUCACGGUGGUGUAAUAAAUGGUCAAUGAUAACAAUUAUUUUGUCGAUUUGGAUUAUUGGAAUGGGUUCAUCAUUUUUACAGUACAGAUUCGUAAGAUGGAUUAAAUUUGAAGUUAAAGGUGAAUCUGAAAUGAAGUGCUACUUUGAUAUUAAAAAAAUGAAGGACUAUGAGUUCCAAAUUUGGAAUUCGAUAAUUAAUAUCGUGAUCGUUCUAAUUUUUUUGGUCUCGUGGGGGUUCACCUGUUACCAAGGCGAUUGGAAAAAGGUCACGACGUGCAUAAUUUUGACUUGGAUGAUAAUAGAUUCGACGGUUUUUUUGUUGGAAAUUUGUGACGUCUCUAUGCAUUUUGAAUUGCAACAGUUCUUGACGAUUUUAAUUAUGAUUUUUCCUGCAAUAUACUACUGGACAAGUCUAAUAACAAAUGAGUAUAAAUAA